CUGCAGUUGUAAACAAUAUGGCGAUCAGGGGGCUACGGAAAUAAGUUGUAACAGCAAUAAGUAAGAUGGAGGAAGUAAAAAGCCCCACAAAUGAGUUUGAGCUUUUGGGAGACAUGGAAGGACAGGACUCACAAGAAAGCACAAAUGCAGAGGAAGAAGAAUUCCCAAGUUCCAAUGAGCAGUUGUACUUUGGAGGCCUUUGUCCACCAUCAAGUAGUUUUUACAGGGGUAGGCCCAAGCCAGAGGACACCUCCAAUAAUUACAGGAACGUGACUGCCGACUGGAAGAUGUCGCUCUCUCGAUCUCCGAUACAGAACGACGACGUCAAUAAAUACAGACUGGAGAACAAUCAGCUCCGCCUACAGGUCAAACAACUCAACCUUGACCUCCAGUCCGAACAAGAAUCCCUGUCUCAAGUGCGCAGAAGAUUAAAUGCAGUAGAGAAAGAAAGACUUGAAGCAGCCACUCGUUCAAAUGCAGAGAUUUCUGAGUUGGAGAGCCAGGUCGCCAAAUUGAGGUCACAGCUGGAGAAAGGGGAGGCCACUCGACAAAACCUAGAGUUUGAACUCACAAAAUGUCAGCGAGAAAUCAACCACCAAAGGAGCUCCUCCUAUGAGAAAGAAACAAAGCUUACUGAUGUCAAGGACCAAUUACAAGCUAAAAUUUCGGAAUUGACAAGGGACUUGCAGGAUACCCAGCAUCAGUUAGAGAUUGAAAAACAAGGAUCAAAGGAAACAGAGGCUCAGCUCAAGAUGAGCAUUGAGGAGAGAAAUCAUUCAGUGUCAAAAUGUCACACAGAGCUGGAUAUACUGAGAGCAGAGAGAGACAAACUGGAUUCUCUUGUUUUACAACAUGAAAGUGCCAUAUCUGAGUUCUCAGAGAAAAUACAAGAACUAGAAAGUGAAAGAAAAAAUCAAACAGAAAACCUAAGAAGAACUUUAACAGAAAUUGAAUAUGCAAAGGAAAGAGAAGAUAGGUUGAAGAAGGAUUUAGAGAUGUCCCUACAGAGGCUCCGUACAGUGGAGGAAAACAUUGAAGCUGAGAGGGCAGCACAUCUAGAAACAAAGUUCAAUUCAGAAAUCAUACAGCUUCGAGUAAGGGACUUGGAGGGGGCUUUGGAGGUAGAGAAGUCAGCCAAUGACGAAGCUAACAAGGCAAUAGACCGCCUCACUAAACAGAUCCGAGAGCUGGAGCAUUCGUACGAGGAGGAGCGGAGGAAUAACAAGGACACAAACACUAAGCUGGAUAAGCUGGAGAAGGAGUAUAGUUCUGUGAAGAGACAGCUGACAUCAGAGGUGGAGAACAAGAAAAACGUCAUACUAAACCUGUCAAAGGAACUGGAGGUCCAUCAGAAAAACUUUAACGAGCUCAAAGAGGAGCUAUCUAAGGCCAAGAAGAGGCAGAUUUACCUGGAGGAGACGUAUGGAGGAAGUAUGAGGGAGCUGGAGCUGCUACUGAACAACUUCCAGGUGGACGAAAAACCCAAACGGGCCUCAACAUCUAAGAGUAAGAAGGAUAGUAAAAGUACGGCCCCAUCCUCUGUCCUGGAGACUCUACGAGUGACUUUGACUGAGUACAAGAAACGCCUGGAUGACACCACAGAGGAACUUGUAAAAAUGAAAAAGUCCAGCGAUGCUCUUCAUAAAGAGAUUGAGCAAUGUAAGGAGAUGAUCUGGGCAAAGGACAAAGCACUGGAAGAUGCUCAGAAGAACUACACGAGGACAGCCAAGGAGUUGAACCGAGUGAGAUCGGAGUACUCGGAGAUGGAGAACAGCAUGGCCAAGAUGAGAAUAACUCUACAGAGCUCCAGUAGUAACUCCACCAAGGACAGGAAACGAGUACAGGAACUCUCAGAGGAGAUUAUGAAAUUGGUUAAAAGACAUAAAGCAGAUGAUGAG